AUGAUCGCUAAAAAGCCAUUAGUUCUUGGUUUUGGUUGGCUAGGAUCAAGAAAUUACAAUAUGCAUUCCUUCGAAAAGAUAUAUACGAAAGAAGGUUAUGAUUUUAAGUACAUGAUCCAAAGUCCUUUUUCAUGUCUAGACAUGAAGCCAGAUACGAAAAAAUUCAAUGAGAUGUAUGAAUUAGCUAAGAAUAGGGAAGCAAUAUGUCAUAUCUUUUCUUUGAAUGGAGCCUUCGCUUUCCUAAAUUCUAUGAAACAAAACGAUUAUAAAGAAUUCAAACCAAAUUUGAAAAUAAAGGGAAUAAUAUGGGAUUCCGCACCAGGAAGAGGUGCAGGUGAUAAAUAUUAUAAACCUUUUGCACGAGCCAUCGCAAAUAGAUCAGAAUUCAUGUAUCACAUACUUCGAUUUGCUUUGAUUCCACCAUUUAAGUUCUUCUACUUAUUCUCUCAAAACCACAGACGUUUAAGAGAUAUGAGAAUUAACUCUAUGUACACAGAUCCAUUUCCAUUCAAGCAAUUAUUAAUUGCCUCAAAGCAUGAUCGCGUUAUCAAGUAUAAAGAAAUGAUGGAAUACGUUGAAAUUGCUAAGAGCAGAGGAAUUGACAUUUCAACAAAAAUUUAUGAUGACUCUGAUCAUGUUAUGCUUUACCAUAGUCAUAGAGAUGAAUACUCUCGCUUAAUACUUGAUUUUGCCAAAAAUUGUUUUCAACAAUAA